AUGGUUAAUGUUCUCUAUUCACUUGUCGAUGUUAAUCAACGAUUUGAUCAAUUAGUACUUGAUCCACUUUAUAUUCGUAAUCUUGAUAUGACUUCUAUGACGAUGAAAUCAUAUCAUGAUCGUAUCUACUCUAUAGACAAUCAAGUUCUUUCAAGAAUUUGUAAAAAUAUUUUACCUCGCAUUCACCAUCAAAUAAAUGAACUCAUUGUUGAACAACAUUCAAUGGAACUUGUUCUUCAUACUAUCCAUUAUCCACACCUUUACUCAUUAUCACUAAUAGAUUUUCAAGAAGAAGUACUUCUCAAGUAUUUAAGAGGUGACACAAUUCUUCGCAAACUUCUGAUUGAACAAAUUACAUGUCUUCAUAUUGAAAUCAACGAUAAAACAACACCAUCACCACUUCCUGAAAUUCGUUCGAGUAUGUUUAUUUUGAUUUUAUCUUUAUGUAAACGAUUAAUCAAAUUAAACUUUACUCCAUUCUAUCAUCGAUCAACGUUUUAUGCUUUGGAUUUAUCAUCAAUCGAUUGCAUGUCUUCAACUUUGACUGAAUUGGAAAUUUAUGUGAAAACUUUCGAUGAUUGUCUCUAUCUACUUGAUGAACGUCUCAAUUGUUUAUCAACACUGAAAAUACAUGUGAAAGAAAUUGUAUAUACACCAGAAACUAUAGAUAACACAUUCACAGAUGAUGGAUCCAUGGCUCUUUGCUUAGCUAAUUCAUUAGUAGCUCGUCAUAGUUUCGAACCUUAUGAUCAAUUGGUUCGCUAUAAAUGGUGGUUUAGACAUGGUUAUAUGUCAUCGACAGGAAACUGUUUUGAUAUUGGUGAUGCUACUAGAAAAGCACUGUGUGAGUUUGAAAAGACACAAAAAGCCUUCGCACACGAGCACGGUCUUCCAUUAGAAGAAAUCGAUUUUCUAUCAGAUAAGAAGCUUCUCGACAAUUUUCCUAUCUAUUGCAGUCCAGAUGGAGCAGCUGGUAAUCGUUCACUUAUGCGUUAGCACCUGUUUCUCUAUUUUUCUAUCGAAAACCAGAAGUUGCCGUUGAAUUCUCUGGAAUUAGUGGUCGAAUUACUCACGGAGAUAAGAAAGCCUUAGAUGGAUGUCGCUAUAAUGGAGCUCUCAUUGUAGCUGCUAUGCGCGAUUACACAUAAGAAAAAACUGCUCAGCGAAGGAUUUUAUUUAUCCGAAAUUAAGAAAUGGUUCAAAAACGAUCCUUUACAUUCAGAAAUUGAAAAUAUUGCUAAAGGAUCAUUUAAGAAAGAAAAAGGAUAUGAUGAUGGAAUGCGAGGUAAAGGUUACAUUGUUUAUUUUCUUGAAGCGG